AUGAAGGUAGUUAAUGCUGUUGUGAACAUGCAAGGGAUUAAAGGCUACUUCACCUUCCAUCAACCAUCUCCGUUUGAUCUCACCACCAUCAUUGUUAACCUGACAAACCUGGACAGAAGAGUUGGCCCUUACCACGUUCAUCAGUUUCCCCUGCCCCAAAUGAGAUCUCCAUCUGAUAGCAGCUGCAGUAACAACAACCUUGGGGGUCACUGGAACCCCUUUAAUGUGAAUACUCAGGCACCAGCGUAUCCGCCACCAAGAGGCUCCACUCAUGAUCUGUUUGAGGUGGGAGAUCUGAGCGCGAAGCAUGGAUCUCUGGAGAAAUCAAAUAACUUUCAAGCCACUUUCACGGAUUGGAACCUACCUCUGUUUGGGCGGAAUAGCAUUGUGGGUCGCUCUCUCGUUAUGCACCUUCCCAAUGGGACCAGAUUUGCUUGUGCAAGUCUCGGCUACCCAGGCGAAGUGUCUGUCGCCAAGGCUGCCUUUCGUGGACUGGUUGUGGGGACGGUCCUCUUCACCCAACUCAUUAGUGACCCAUAUUCCGAUGUCUCUCUAUUUAUGGACCUAUCCUAUGGACAACUUUCUGCACCUUCUACGAUGAAUCACAACUGGCAUGUCCACAACUAUCCCAUCAGCACAGAGACUGACAGUGACAAGGGAGGUUGUCUGUCCACUGGAGGACACUGGAAUCCAUACAACGUAGACACCACAGGGAGUGUAUACACUGUUAACUGUGGUCCCAACAGUCCUUUUGCUUGUGAAGUUGGGGAUAUCUCCGGCAAGCACAAGACUGUGGACCUACAGUCUCAGAUGGGAACAGUGGCAACCAAGAACUUUUUUACUGACACCACCUCUUGGUUGACUGGAAUGGUUGGACGUUCUUUGGUGAUACAUGGUCCAAACCAAGCAGGUCCACGGAUUGCUUGUGCAAACCUCACCUUGUACCGUUUUCCCUCUGCUUGUUCGGAUUCUUGGCUUGGACCUGGAACUUCUGAAGGUCAAGUCAGAUUCUCCCAAGUUUCUCCUCAAGGGCCAACAAUCCUAAAUAUCUCCUUUACUGGGCUUAAUGCGAGAGCUGGUGGCUACCACAUUCAUAUUCUUCCAAUCAAGAGCACCCAGGAACCUUGCUCUGACACCAACAUCAUGGGACACUUCAACCCGUUUUCUGUGAACACAGCCUCAUCUCCAGCUCCAGGGAAUGGCACAGUUGACCAGUAUGAGAUUGGAGACAUCAGUGGGAAGUUUGGAGACCUGACGGGUCAGAACUACUUUCAGAACCAGUACACGGAUGGUUAUAUGCCACUUUCAGGACCGUACAGCAUAAUUGGCCGGUCUCUGGUCAUCCAUUACGCUAACGGAUCAAGAAUGAGAUGUGCAAAUAUCUCAGCAGAAGUCUCCCAAGACGGAAACUGGGUGAUCGCCAAGGCCAUGUUUAGUAAUGCUGUAACUGGGACAGUAAUGAUGUCCCAGCUAUCCUUUCCAGAUAGCAGCUUUGGUGACGUUAUGUUAGAAGUGGAUGUGCGGGCAUCAAAGUCAUCAAAUUUUGCAGAAGCGUCCUGGUACAUUGCAGAUAAGCCGGUGGAGUCAGAUGGUACAUGUCCUGGUGAAGAAGAAAUGUAUAAUCCAUUCAACAUGACAAAUAUAAACAACUGUUCUCGGGACAGGACUUUGUCCUGUUUGGUUGGAGAUCUGACGGGCAGACAUGGAUCCCUAAGUUUUAAAAAGAGACAACUGUACAAUGACAUUCUGCUGCAGUUGGCUGGAGACUUCACAGUUGUCCAUAGGGCAUUAGUUCUCAGACUCAAUAACACCACAACCGCAUGUGCAGAUAUUCACCCAGAAUCCCCUUCUGCCACCCAGAUUUUCCCCACAAUGGCCUCCUUCAGCAGGCAUGAUUUCCGUAAGAGAGUGGCAGAUGUGUUAAACCUGCACAUAUCCAGAGUUUCCAUCUUACCUGGUUCUCCUUCUCAAGGGCCUGAUGGGAAAUGCCAGCAGGUUAAUUAUCUGGUGUCAGGUGAAGUGAGCCAAGAGAAGCUGAGAUCAGUUAAGACGAGUGACAUGAUGGGUGUUUUCAAAGAAUCAAAGACGUGCACACCAACUGGAAACACGGGACUGAUGCUGGUCCCCUGCAGGAUGUUACUGUCGGUUAUGACGGCUGCAGUCUGUCUGAUCAGGUUACUGAGACACUAGAUGGACCUUGCAGUGAUAACACAGCACUGCCUUUACUUCAUUACCUGAAUAAACCAGGACACCUUUGGCCCAACUGCAGGGAUACAUCAAACUGUUCAAAUCAUACCAAAUCUUUAGAGAACAUUCCUCAUUUUGUCAUGUUACACAAAACAAGUAAUAUGAUCAUGUUUUUGGAUCUUGCUGCUCUGUUCUUAAUAGUGUGUUAUGGGAUUAAUGGAAUUGUAUUUGUUCUAAAUUCCUCAAAAACCCAACUUAAUAUUAUACUCCUUCCCUGUAACUCUGAUUUAUUUCUAUUCAGUGUAAAUUUGUAUGAUGCAAUCUGUGUGAAUACAAUACCUCCCUUGUUUUCAUGCAACACACUCUAUAAUUUGUUAUAUGAGCCUGUGAAACGAAGUCUUACAUCUUACAUUGUUUGUGUGGGUUUUUUGUUUUUGUAUUUCCGGCAGGUGAUUUGCUAAGAAUAUUACUCAUAUAAAUGUUAUGUAAUUGUGGGGGAUGUAAGAAUUUUAAAUAAAUAAAGUAUUCAGCAAGGAUAUAAAUGUUACACUGUUAAAAAUACAUUAUUUCAAAUUAACUUUAUGUCAAAGAAUUCUGAAACCAGCCUAACUUGUUUUCAACGUUGAUAGUAAUAAUGUUUCAUGAACAGCAAAUCAGUAUAUUAUAAUUCUUUCUGACACUAAAUACAUAAUGAUGCUUAAACUGUUAAAAUAUAUUCAUUUUUAAAUAUAUUUAAAUUAGAUUAGUUAGUUUAAUUUGUAGUUAUAUCUCAGAAAAAGGUUACAAUAUUUGUAAUAAAACAAUUGCAACCUU